GCGGUCAACGUCCGCUAUCGCAGUGUCGUCUGUUUAGUGCUUGUUACCAGGCAGAGCGCCUUUCCAACAUGGCGGCGUCAAGCAACGCAGAGCAUACGCACUCGCAAGACAUGGAGGAGGACGACGCGGGGAUGGAGGAGCGAGAAAUGGACUCGGAGAGCGACGACGAGGAGGGCAUGGGGGUAGAAAUUUCAGAUGACGAAGAGGACGACACGUCAGAGGACGAGAAGGAAAACGAAGCGGAAAUACAACGACUAGAGGAGCAGCUGUCGAUCAAUGCCUUUGACUACAACUGCCACGUUGAUCUCAUCAAGCUACUGAAGCAGGCGGGGGAGCUUGUUCGCCUGCGAAAAGCAAGGCAGAAGAUGAGCGAACUUUUCCCUCUCACAGAAGAGAUCUGGCUAGAUUGGCUCAAAGAUGAGAUCCGCCUGACCGAGGAAGAACCAAACCGAGAAAAAGUCAACGAACUUUUCGAGCGGGCUAUAAAAGAUUACAUCUGCCCAGAUAUCUGGCUUGAGUUUGCCCAGUAUUCUAUUGGUGGUAUGGGAUCACCAGGUGGCAUCGAAAGCGUGAGAGCCAUCUUUGAGAGAGCCCUCACUGCUGUCGGGCUCCACAUGACUAAGGGGCAGACGGUGUGGGAGGCGUACCGAGAGUUUGAGAACGCCAUUUUGACCACUGUGCAGCCUCCCCCUGGCAGGAUUCCCAACCAUGACGAACAAGAGCUGCUGAACAAGCAACUGCAGCGCAUCCAUACAUUGUUUAACCGCCAGCUGGCCAUUCCUUUAAUGGACAUGGAGGCAACAUAUGCAGAGUAUGAGGAAUGGUCUGAAGAUGGGGCACCUGAGACAGUCUUGCAUCAAUACAAAAAUGCUUUGCAGCAGAAAGAAAAGUGCAGGCCUUUUGAAGAGUCACUACUGGUAGCAGAGACGCCUAAACUGGCCGAGUAUCAGGCCUACAUUGACUUUGAGAUGAAGGUGGGGGACCCAGCACGAAUCCAGAUAACCUAUGAGAGAACUCUGGCGGAGAACUGCCUGGUUCCAGACAUGUGGACAAAAUACACAACAUAUCUUGACCGUCAACUGAAAAUCAAAGACUUAGUUCUGCCUGCUCAUGAUCGUGCUGUCAGAAACUGCCCAUGGACUAUGAGUCUGUGGAAGAGCUACCUGCAAGCUGUAGAAAGGCACGGGGGAAGCCAUCAAACUGUCUCAGAUGUGUUUGAAAAGGCGCUGAAUGCGGGCUUCAUUCAAGCUACGGAUUAUGUGGAGAUCUGGCAGGCUUACCUCGACUACCUGAGGAGACGUGUGGAUUUCAGCCAAGAGUCGAGUAAAGAGUUGGAGGAGCUACGAGGAGCGUUUACUCGCUGUCUGGACUACAUGAAACAAGACGUCGAACAAAGAUUUGGUGAAAGUGGAGACCCUUCCUGUAACAUUAUGCAGAUUUGGGCAAGGAUAGAGGCCCUGCAUUGUAAGAACAUCCAAAAAGCCAGAGAACUGUGGGACAGCAUCAUGACAAAAGGGAAUGCCAAAUUUGCCAACAUGUGGCUGGAGUAUUAUAACCUGGAAAGAGCUUAUGGAGAUUCUGCCCAUUGUCGAAAAGCUCUUCACAGAGCGGUCCAAUGUAGCUCAGACUACCCAGAACAUGUGUGUGAAGUCCUGCUCACUUUUGAGAGAGUAGAAGGUUCUUUGGUUGACUGGGAUGUUGCAGUUCAGAAAACCGAGACUCGGCUGAACAGGCUUAAUGAGCAACGGGCGAAGGUGGCAGAAAAAGAAGCCAUCCAUGCUCAACAGGAGGAAGGACGAUCUGAGCAGAGGCGGAAGGCCAAGACGGACAAGAAGACUCUGAAGAAAAUUCAGAAAGGAGGUCGAUUUGGGGAGAAGAGGAAAGCAGAUCAGGAUGACUGGAAUGACCACACAGAACACGCUCCGAAGCGACACAGAGGAAAAGGUGAGCAAAGCACAGAAGAGUACAUGGAGACGGAUGUUGGACACUUUGGGAAGAAGGCUCCUCCUGGCUAUAAAGGUUCUGCACCUGCAAACAACAAAUCCCAGCAGGCCAGUGCACGGAAUCAAAGCAAUGACAAGACUGAGCUUCGGAACGAUAGCAACAGCGUGUUCGUUAGCAACAUGACAUACACGCUGGAAGAGCCUGAUGCCAAACUUCGUACUCUCUUUGAGACCUGUGGACCAGUUAAACAGAUUCGCCUUGUCUCCAGCAACAAAGGGAUCUUCAAGGGCUACGGUUAUGUGCAGUUUGAAAGUGCUGUGUCUGUUCCUGAAGCCCUCAAACUGGACAGAAGCGAGGUGGAGGGCAGGCCUAUGUUUGUGUCUCCGUGUGUGGACAAGACCAAGAACCCAGACUUUAAGGUGUUCAAGUACAACACGUCUAUCGAGAAACACAAAAUCUUCAUCUCUGGGCUGCCAUUUUCCUUCACCAAGGAGCAACUCGAAGAAUUAUGCAAGCAACACGGCACCAUUAAAGAAGUUCGUUUGGUCACAUAUCGCUCAGGAAAGCCCAAGGGUUUGGCAUAUGCCGAGUUUGCUGAUGAACAGCAGGCUACUCAGGCAGUCGUAAAGAUGGAUGGCAUUGAAGUUGAAGGUAACACAAUCUCAGUUGCUAUUAGCAACCCUCCUCGCAGAAACACCAACAAACCUGGUCCCAGUCAGCCCGCAGCUAACCUGAUGCCUCGCCAGGUCCAAGGAGGGAGAGGCCGAGGGCGCACGCAGCUGUCCUUGCUGCCUCGAUCCCUGCACCGUCAAAGCGCUCCAGCCGCCGGCACAGUCGAGAACGGGACGUCGUCCGAACGAGGCGCCGGGGACACUCGACCGUUAUCGAAUUCGGACUUUUCCAGGAUGCUUUUGAACAAGUAGGAAGAUGUUCCUCACCUUUGACCCCUGUCGUUUUUACCUUACACGGUCUGUUUUAUUAAAAACAAAGUCUAAUACAUGUGUGUAAAUAUACCCCACAGCCUCUUUGUUAUUCCUGUCAAGUGGAUCGGAUUCAAACGUUAAGUUUUUUGUUUUUUUUUGUAGAAUUCUGCUUAACGUGAACAUGAAGACGUUAAAAUGAGGUGUAACAGUGCGUGUUCAAUAUAAAUGAAUCAACAUUUCCAAUGUCCUGAAGAUAGUUUCUUAUGGAAGGGAAUGUGUCGUAUCUAACAAAGUAUUAAAAGUACGCAGCGCUCCACACUGCCACUUCCUAAACAUCCAACAACUGCUUUGGUCCUUUCUUUGAGAAGGGAAUGUGUACGUGUCGUGAAUACAAUAGUCCAAUCUUUAAUAAUGUUCAGAAAAGUUACUAACUGGUUUAGAUGUUUUCCGUGAUAAUGUUUUCAACUCUCCAGCUGUGCUAAAAUGUUUUUUUUUAGACUUCAUUGAUUUAAAGGAAUAUAUUGCAAGAUGUUUCCAUGUAGAGUGCAUCGAGAAAGUAUUCACAGCGCUUCACUUGUUCCACAUUUUAUGUUACAGCCUUAGUGCCCUUAAAAUUCAACACACAAUAACCCAUAAUGACAAUGUGAACAUGUUCUAAUUUAUUUUUUGCAAAUGUAUUAAAAUAAAAAUCUCAGAAAUCGCAUGUACAUAAGUAUUCACAGCCUUUGCUCAAUAUUUUGUUAAUGCACCUCUGGCAGUA